GUCAUAGACCUGAUUGAGGGUCUUUUCUUAACUUUCUUGGCAGUUAUCUUAAUGGGGGCACUGUUGCACUUCAUGGCCCGAACCAAGAGACCUGGACCUGGGCCCCGCUCCCCUCCAACUAAGAAUCCUAAGAGCCACAAGAGGAGCGGUGAGGGGUCUAGUAAGGACCCAAAUGUGCAAAGAAAGAAGGCCAAGAAGGAUGCAGCCAGCGGAUUCAAGGGAAGUGUGUGA